AUGGCGGUAUGUUAUGGGCCUCAGCUUCGGCACAGCAGUUUGCAUCUAUGGCUGACCUCGUGUGCUCAGGAACUGUUCGCAUUUGACUUUGGAACUCUUAUAUUUCUUCUAUAUGGUGUUUGGAAGGAGCGGAAUGAGAGAAUCUGGAGUCAGAAAAAGGGAACGAGUUGUGAUGUGAUCCUUAACUCUGUGUCCCGACUGCAAGAAUUUAGGUUCCAUAAUUUGAAGGAAACAAACGGCGUGAGCCGAAGGCAUAAGGUAGUGCGCUGGUCUGCUCCCCCAUUGGGUUUACUGAAAAUUAAUGUGGACGGAUCGUUCAAUCAUGUUACUGGUCAGGGUGGCGUCGAGUUUGUUAUCCGUAAUGAGACUGGGGCAAUGUUAGUAGGAGGAGCUUGUCCUGUGUAUGGUUUGCUUUCUCCAGAACAUGGGGAAUUGUUGGCUUGUAAGAAGGCUUUGGCUUUUGCGAUAGACCAUUCUUUCCUACCUGCUAUUAUGGAGAUGGACGCACUGAAUGUUCAGUGUCAAUUGAUGGAUGCUACUGCUCCUAACACAGAGAAGAUUGUAUGA